CCAGCACCGCCGGAUGUGCGAUGCAUAAUACGCCACUGGAGCAACCCAGCCUCCACCACUCUUUGACGACAACCACCACCAUCUACUAUACGCUUCACAUACCCUCCCUCUAGUCUUCUGUGUUACGAACGCUCCUUCACGCAUGGAUAACCAACAUUCAGCUGGCGGUUUCCUGCAACACCUCCUGGAUGCCAACCCCCAGAUUGGGCAAGCCAUCCACAACUUUGUCCGUGGACUCUCCAACCAGCACGCAGCCCCUCGUGAGCCGAGCCUUCCGCUCGACGACCCGGACUUGGCAGACAUGCCGCCCCUGGAGCCAAUCCCUGACUACCCCGCGUCACGCGAAGGCCCACAACAGCGCGAGGAGCAAUCCAUAGAGGAUGUCGCACGAUCUGUAGGAGGCCUUUCUUUGACCUCACCUCUGACGCCUGAUUCCGCAAUAUCGAAUCAGGAUGGACCUACGUCUUCAUCGCUACCCGCUGCUGAGGCGUCUUCACAGCAGAAUCGCGCAGCAUACGCGGAGUCAGUCGGCUCUAUGCCAUCGCUCCACACGGUGUCGGAUUGGGAUACCGAUGUCGACAUGCACGACGUAGAACCGGGGGUGUACCACCAAUUGCCUACCGACGUUGACUCAUCGCCGCAGACCGGUUCGCGCCGUGCGCGCGUUGACGACGAGGUUGAUGAGGAGGACAUGCGCGAAACGAAUCGUCAGCGCAUGACUUCUCCUGACCCGUCCGACGACGCCAGCGCACAACAAGCGCGACCAGCAUCAUCUGCCGCUCACCCUCAGCAACAUCACGCGCCCCCGAACGAUCCACCGCCGCCGUAUAGCAACCAACGCGUCUACUCCUUCGACGUCUUCCCUGGCCCAGAGCAGGACGCUCCUCAGCAAGGCCCGCAAGGAGAUGCCGAAGCACAAGGUCAGGGUCACCAUCAUCACUUUCAUAACCAUCCCCUCCCGAUGUUCAACCUUACGUUCCACAUCGGCCCUCCCCCGGAUGUUCCUGCCGGACCACACCCUGUCCCCGAUGGCACUCCGCAAAUGGCCGGCUUCCCGCCGCAGUUCUUCCCCUUCGCUCCGGGAGCGGAACCAUUCUUCAUGUCCUUCUUCCCCUUCGGCCCGCCGCGUGAAGAGGAAAUUGACAACCCCGAGCGGGCUGAGAAGCUUGUUCGCGGCCUUGAGGGGGUGCCGGAGGGCCUGGUAUCACGCAUCGAGAGGCUCGGUGGCGAUGACGGCGACUCGCUGUGUUCCGUCUGCUGGGAGAAGCUUAGCUCGGAAGGCGGCGGAUUCGACACUGAAGAGCAAGCCGGUACUGGUGCAGAGGCGAACGCGGGGAUGGAUGUUGAUGGCCAUGCAGCGCCUUCUCCCGCCACUUCAACGGACACGCCCUCCACGAAGAAUGAACUGCCCAAGGUCGUAGCGCUCCCCUGUGCUCACGUAUUCCACACGUCUUGCCUGCUGCCAUGGUUCACGAAGCCGCAUCGCACGACGUGUCCUUCUUGCCGCUUCGAUAUCGAUCCCGAGUCCCUCACCUAUGCCCCACCCCGGCGGCGCAGACAGCAGCAAGCCGCACCCACGGAGGGUCCGGCGCCAGCGCAGGCUGGUGCACAACCGCCUCAGGCUCCAGCAACCGCAGAUGCGCGGCCAGCUCCAGCCCAGACACAGGGCGUUCCCCAGUCAAUGCCGAACUCUCGCCAGCCCGGUGCCCCAGAUGCGACUCAGGACCAGCCACCACACCCAGGCCCUACCGCAGACGGCAUACCCUUCGAGUUCAAUCUCUUCUUCCCUGUCAUGGGCGGACCGGGCGGGCCCGCUGGUGGUUAUGUCCCGCUCGACGCUCAGGCAACACGUAACCUCUUCCAGCGUCUGUUCAGCGGUGCGCCGCCUCAGCCGCCUCAGCAGGCGCCGCAAGAAGCUCAGGCCCAACAUCCCCAGCCUGUGCCUGCUGCGAACGCAUCUGUGCCCGGGGCUAUGCCGAAUGCUCAGAACUCGCCUGCGGGUGGUCCCAAUCCCAGCACAUGGGGCAUCCCGAACAUGUGGCAGAACCUCUUCGGUGUCCAGCCGCCGCAACCUCAGGCAAAUGCAAACCCGCCCGCUGGAGCUGUGCCGCAACGUCCAGCAAGUGCGGCUUCAACGGGCUCGCGCGGUCAGGGACGUGCCCGGCCACCAGAGAAGCGACAGUGGACGCUGCCUGCUCCUCCGGGGCAGACGCUGCGUCAGCGUGUCGAGCGUCUGGAGCGCGAGCGUGGGCUGCGGUGCUGGGAUGUGAGCUGCGGUCUCGGCCCUUCUGAUGAGGAUCCGUUCCCUGUCAUCGACCCAUCGACCAUGCGCAACAUCUCAAUCAACCGGAUGGGCGGAAACAGCGAGAAGGUGUGCGAGCAUACGUUCCACCCGUCGUGCCUCGUGAGUGCGGAGCGUGUCGCGGGCUGGGGCGGGGAGGACAAGAAGGAAGAGAAAGAGGGCGAAGAGGUCGAAGUAUCUUGCCCUGUCUGUAGAGCUGUUGGCGUUAUUCCGCGCAUGGACUGGGACGAGGGUGCGUGCGCGCUCGCAUAGGCGGCGCGUAAUGUCUCGGUCGGCGUCCUUGCACAUAAAUUAAUUCGUUAUCUAGCCUUCUGUUUCGCUGUCGCAUACGUCUUGUCGGUUCGCAUCGCAUGUGUACACCCUGGACAUCACUGAUACGGUACCUGUAAUAGUAUAGUCCUCUAUUCAUCUCAUUUGCCCAUCUUUUUCUCGAAGGUCUUUGUCAGCUCACAUAUCAUUGAGGCAGUUGCAGCAUCCAUCAGUGCCAGUAGCA